CUUUUGCCUGUCGCCUGAUUUUGGGACAGCUCUACACAUCAUCCUAACACCAACUGGGGAAACUAAACCUACCUAUUUAACCAAAUACAACAGCACAGCUAUUUUUUAUUAUUCUUUUUUCUAUGUUGACAUGGAGGACCAACUAAAACAUCACUCUGUUUGUCAUACCUGCUUGAGAACAGACAGUUCCAUAAAUAAGGUCAUAAAGAUGCAUUGGUCCAUACGAAUGCCCAUAUGCAUACUCUUUUUAACCCUGUCUGCCUUGGAAGUGUCUUCAGCUGAAACAUUAUGUGGCGGAGAGCUGGUGGACGCACUACAGUUUGUGUGUGGAGACAGAGGUUUCUAUUUCAGUCGACCAACUAGCAGGACGAAUAGUCGACGUUCUCAAAAUCGUGGGAUUGUGGAAGAGUGUUGUUUUAACAGCUGUAACCUAGCUCUUCUAGAACAGUACUGCGCUAAAUCUACCAAGUCAGAGAGGGAUGUUUCAGCCACAUCCCUACAGGUCAUUCCGGUGAUGCCUGCAUUAAAACAGGAGGUCCCAAGAAAACACGUGACUGUGAAAUAUUCCAAAUACGAUGUGUGGCAACGAAAGGCCGCCCAGAGGCUACGGAGGGGUGUCCCCGCCAUCCUGCGAGCCAAGAAGUUUAGGCGGCAGGCGGAGAGAAUCAGGGCCCAGGAGCAACUGCACCACCAUAGGCCUCUCAUCAUGCUUCCCAGCAAGCUGCCGCCAAUCCUUCUUCAAACAGAAGACUACGUCAGCCACAAGUGAAACCAGGAUCAUUUGCACAGAGUCAAUGAAAAAAAAAAAAGACAAGGGAUCAAAGCUUUUUUGUCUCUGACGUCAUUUCUGUGGCAGUCCUCAUCAACCCUUCUUCCUUCCCCACCAGACGUGCUCACACGCUCUUCCAGUUUCUAUUCUUGCUGUUUCAUUCACCAACAAAAAGGCACAUCACAAAUGAGAGGAACGCAAUUCAGGUGAAGAAGCAAAGGAAAGAACGAUGAAGCCACGGAACGCCGAACGUUUCGCUGGUUUGGAGGACAUCGGAGCGCGAGGAACAUCUUGAGCUAGCAUGAAAGAACCCAUUCCACCGCAUUCUCCCGAGACAAAAGUAUCUCUCUUUUAGUCCUUUUACAUAUUAGUUUGCACCUGUAACUAUAAAGGGACAUCCACACUGUAAGGAAUUGUUGUAAAAUUAGAUUCCUGUUCCAGCACCUUGUAAUCACAAAUUAAAAAGCAGAGAAGAGUCUGCGAAUUGCACAUCGCCACGGAUUACGUCAAAGUUCUUGUUAAGUAAACAAAAAAAAAAGGCACUAUUUUUUUAUGGACUAUGAACGUGUAGCUCAAAAAAAUGUCAUGGUGCUAGCUUUGGGAAUGGACUCAAACGAGAAGGGGUUGAAAAAGCAAGUUUUUUUUUUUUCUUUGAAACUUUAUUAAACUUUCCGUUUUAAGGAAAGUGUGACUUUUUAAAGAGAAAACAAGAGCACGAGGGAUAUCGCUGCAUGCAGACGUGUAUGUAAGACGCAACCUAUGCAUUGGAUUCCGGCGCUGCCAUUGCGAUAAAGGAAGGAGCAGUGUUGGGAUGCCGAAGGGAUCACGCGGAGAACUCGCCUCCUUUCGAGCGUGGCUGCACAAAACCCCUGCUUUGCACUGCAGGAUGAGGGACAUUGUGACCUUGAAAAAGUGGGAUGUUUGUAUUUUCUGUGUUCUUUAUCGUGAACAUGCUUCAAGAAAAAAAAAAGAAAAAAAGAUCCAGUUUGGUUUCUGGUACCGUGACAUUCUUGUUAUUGCAAAAUAGGCUUUGUGUUUUUGUAACGUUAUUUUACAGUUCUGAAAAAAAGGCACAAAUAUAAAUUCAAAGGGAAAAAACGCAAUAAUGUCAACUAACAUAUAUUUUUAACGUUUAUCCGUAGUAUUCACAUGCUUUUGCCUGAAAACAAAUACUUGAAUAUAUAUAUAUAUAUAAAUAUAUAUGAAAUAAAUAUGAAAAUAUAUAUUAUAAUUAGUUUCCAGGGACAUCAUGUAAUAUUCCUUUAGUCUGAGCUGUAUCUUGCGUAAUGAGCCGCCAAGCUUCUUUAUUGUUUGUUUAAGUACAAAUAUGGGCACUGUAUAAAGGCAUUAUUUAUUUUGUUAUAAAAUUAUAUAUUAAAAUUGGUCCAAAUACAGUAAUAUACAUAGCACUGAUGCUCAACUGAUGGAUUUUAUUUUAUAUUCUCUCUUAUUUUCCCAUUUUACAUGUAAAUGCUUUUUGUAGAUGCUUUGUACCAAAAAAUAUUUUCCUUUUUUUUCCUUUCGGUUUGCCACAGAGCUAUUUUAAAAUCAAUAUUUUAACAGCAGCUGUAGCCUGGAUCGCUUAGGCAUGUUGUAAUACAAAAAUAGGCACAUACUCAGAAGACUCUCUCUCUCUUUCUGUCCCUCCCGCAUGGCUUUUUAAUCUGCCAAAUGGAUUUCUGUUUAUAAAAAAACAAAAAAACGACAAAAAACAACAACAACAACUUUUGUUUAACUUUCCUCACGAGGAUCUGGAUAACCCUCUCUAUAUGCCAUGAUUGUAUACAACCCACUACGGUUUAAGGCACUUUAGUGCCGUUUUCAUUGUCGUAUCGUCAUCAUUUUUUGGCUUCUUUAAGGUAUUCCACAAACGAGAAAGACAUGUUUUAGGGGUCUCGUUGUCCCUGGUUCAAUGUUAUCACUUGUUGCUGAGCAAUUGAACUGUAGCCAUAAAGCAAAGUAAAAACCAAACCAAUAUGAUGUCGCCAAGAUCCAUUAAGAUGUCACAAAGAGUGGACUGUUGCAUACAUCCCCUCAAACUCGCCAUCUUAAAAUAAUGUGCCCUAAAUCCUCUUAUUUCCUUUCGGUUGGGGUGUCCUCCAUGUUAUCUUCUUCUCAGUUGUUGAAGGGCUACCGUACUUAGUUACCCAAAUACUCAGGAAAUAUUAGUGGAUUUAUGUGAAAAACCCAAUACAAGGCCAUUUCUUUCUCUCUUUUUAUUACAGUUUCUCAGAAUCGUUUUUUGUAUGUGCCCCAUAUUCAUAAAAUGAUACUAUAGUAUCGCUUAGUACCUGGAAACUUAAAGGUCUAAGUGCCUGCAGUAUAUCCCUCUGCCUUGAUAAUCGAAUAUUUAUCUGAUUCAUAUCAGUUGUGAUGAAGCAGUGCAAUUAUUAUAAUGAAUAUCAUUAUUUUUAUUAUUCAAAACAUCCCAUAUUUCCGAAGACAUUGCCAUUUUUCUGUUGUUAUUCCUGCAAGGACUGCAUCCAUUGUUGUUAUUUCCAAACUGGUUACUUAACUUUCCAUGCGUAAAAGGCAUGUAAGGAAAACACAUGCUUUUGCGCUAAAAAUGAAGGGAUCAUUUGUCUUUCAUUGGCAACGGUUUAAUACCAGUAGCCCACGCAGCCUGUGUGUAUUUUAAUUGAUUUAACCUCUGCACGCUAGAACGUCCGAAAUGCACAAUUGAUGUACUUUCAUUUUUAAUAUCAAUAAAAAAAACAUUUUAUCAAACAUGUUUCAGUCA